CUCUCAUCUGUCUACACUGGCAGCGGUCGCGCCUACUCGCGCUAGCUUCCAUGGCGACCAACUAAAAGAGCAUUUUCUCAUGUCAACCAGCCGGUUAGCUCACGUAAGAGAGCUAAUGGGCAUAUUACGAAACGGGAUAAUGUAGCGGGAUAACUCUUCGGACGAAACACACAGUACAUUGAGAAUGCUGAGCUUACGUGGAGCCGCUGACGAGAAACCAGCCUGUAACUAGAGCGAGCUAAACGAGCUAGCGCAGGCUAGCGUUCACCUGCAGGCUGUUUUUGCUAACUAAAUAGCGAGCUAACAGGAUGGAAAGUGUGAAGGAAAACGGAUCUGGGGGGGUUUCAACUUCAUCAACGCCACUUGAUUCCGGCGGUGACAGUGUGUGUAUGAAGCCAGGAGGAUUAGCGCCUCAGUCUGCGGGGAAAAGACCCUCAAUCGGGGAGGAUGACGGCGGGGGAGCCGAGGCGAAACUCUUCGGGAAGGGACUGGCAGCCACCUCCCUGCUCCAGAUUGCUAUCAGGAACGGGAUCUAUCAAAACCAAGUUGCCAACGCUAUCGGCGGGGCGGCCAAAAAUAUGAACAUGCCCUCCGUGAAGACAGCCAACAUUUACAGCCUGACAUCCGUCAACAGCAACACUUCUGUCAACUCUUUGCUGAGCAAGAGGCGGCAUAGACACAAGAGGAAUCUCUCUCUCGGGGCUCCGCCGACCAGCAGUUUAACCGGCGUGUCCCCCGCAGAGGCAGCCAGCCCUGCUCCCUCAGCCUCGCCUCUGAGCACACUUAGCCUGGACAGGAGGACUUUUCUACGGCAGAAGCAGUCCAAGCAGCUUCAGGCCUCCGAUAAGACAUGGGUGAGAUCGGACCUGCGGCGGGGCUGCAUUCAUGUACACGACUGGCUCACGCCCUCUUACCCGCGGCCGGUGCUGUGCACGGUGGACACCACUGCUCGAGAUGUGGCCAGUAAGCUGGAGGGGAGCAAAGCUGGGGCCGUGUUAAGAAUUUACUACAAAACUGCUGCUUUAUUGGACUUAAACGAUAAUUGUAAAGAUAGUAAUGGACAGACGGAUGAGAGUGAAAGUCUCAGUGACAGCGUGGAUAUCAAAACCUCCAAAUCUGACGAGAAUGAUGACCCAAAGCAGUAUUUUCCUGAUGCUAAACUGUCCUCUAACUUGUUGGAUGAUAAAACCGCCAGUAACUCUUCAUCUGAAAUCUACCUGAAUGACAUUGAGAUGGAUUUGAGCCUGAGUGUGGCAGAUUGCUAUGGAGUCUACUCUGGUUCAGACAUGGAGAGCAGCACCUGCGAGGACUUCAGCCCAGGUGGCCCCAGAAGCACAGAGCUCCGGGACUCGCUCAGUGAAGGGCUGGGUCAGGGUACAGACUCCUCCGCAUUGAGCCCAAACUGUGACAGUGCCACAGAGGGACCUGACCCGUUUGAGAGCUCCUCAGAUGAGGUGGAGCUCACCUCUUCUCCAUCACAUUCAGCUGACAACUCUGCUGCAGACAAGCAACCAGACCUGUCCUCCACAGACCCCAGCAGUGCUUCCAGUCAAGUCCCAACUACACUGGAUGACACCGAAGCUGCAGGAGCUGGUGAUUGCAACGACACCCCUAAAUUAAUCAAACCUCCCUCUAAAUGCGCCAGCAGCUCUCAGACUCGGCCCCUGACCAGCCAAGCAUCUGUCCAGCCUGACCCGGAGAUCCCUGGGGUGAGCAGAGGAUGGCCCGAGCCCAUCAAUACCAGUCCUACCCCGGCUCUCUACGUCCAGCUGCACGGUGGAGCAGUGAGGCGGCUGGGGGAUGAUGAGAGGCCUCUGCAGAUAUUAAACGAGUACCUCACUAACCUGGGGUUUGAAGACCAAUGGAGGGUGCAGGCGGAGGGGAUGAAUCCUGAAAUCGGCUGCCUCAUACGCUUCUACUUUGGUAAGCCUCGGAGUGUGGGCGGUUCUGAGCGUGUGCAGCUCUCUGGGGUGUUCAACGUGCGGAAAGGGAAGCUGGCGCUGCCGGUGAACCGGUGGUCGAAGCGUCAGGUCACUCUGAGUGGAACCUGCCUCAUUGUCUCAUCGGUGAAACACGCCCACACCGGCAAGAUGCACAUCCUCCCUCUCAUCGGAGGAAAGGUGGAGGAAGUAAAGAGACACAGCCACUGUCUGGCUCUCAGCUCGGCUGGUCCUCAGAGUCAGACCUACUACAUCAGCUACGACUCGUACACAGAGCACCUGCGCUGGCACCGGACCGCCUCAAAGAUUGCAUCCCAGAGGGUGAACUCAGUCGACCUGUCGUUCUGCAGCCUGGAGGAGCUGCCCACUCAGCUCUUCUACAGCCAGGACCUCACACACCUCAAUCUCAAAAACAACUUCAUCUCCCUGCACAAAGGUGUUCCAGCACUCACCAGGUUUUGUAAACUGAGAAGCCUCAGUCUGUCAAAUAACACCCUGUCAGAGUUUCCUCUGGCCUUGUGCGACAUCUCCUCGCUAACGGAGCUUAACCUGUCUGGAAACCGACUCUCGUCUCUCCCCGCAGACGUCGGAUCCAUGCACAACCUGCAGACUCUCCUCCUGGACGGGAACUUUCUGAGUUCUCUGCCCGUCGAGCUGGGCUCUCUGGAUGGCCUGACCUACCUCGGCUUGUCCUUCAACUGUUUCUACUGCGUCCCCCCCGUCCUGGAGAAGCUUAAAAGCAUGGAGAGACUCUGUCUGGCAGGAAACCAGCUCUCUGUCCUGGAUGUAGCCGGACUGCAGUGGCUGCCUGCUCGUCACAUAGAUCUCAGGCUGAAUCGGCUUCAAAAGCUGACAGUGGGAGACUCGGAGCAGCUGGUCCACAUCGUGCAUCUGGACCUGAGGGACACCGGUCUGCAGGAGCUGGAUGUCCGGUCUCUCUGCAGGCUGGAGCUCCUCCGCUGUGACAGAAACAACAUCUCUCUCCUCAGAGUCAGCGGCCACGCCCUCAAGAGCCUACAUGCUGCACACAACGAGCUGACGGUGUUGGAGGCGCAGCCAGUGCCGGAGAAUCUGACUGUUCUGGAUUUGUCCUGGAACAAGCUGGGAAGUGUCCCUGACUGGGUGUGUGAGAGCAGCAGACUGGAAGUGUUGGACAUCAACCAUAAUUCUGUCACAGAUCUCCCUGUUCAGCUGCUGUCCAGCGGGAGCCUCAGAAAACUCCUGUCAGGCUGGAACGAAGUGUGUCGGCUGGCUGAGAGGAUGGAGAGAUCUCAGCUCGAAGUCCUGGACCUCCAACACAACCAACUGACCGAACUCCCACACAACCUUUUCAUCAAAGCACAGAGCCUGCGGUACCUAAAUGUGUCGGCCAAUAAGCUGGAGAACCUCCCUGCAGCCAGUCUGUCAGAGGACAGCUCCAGCAGCCUGGAGGAGCUCUAUGUAACCAACAACUGCCUGACGGACAAAUGUGUCCCUCUGCUGACCGGACACGGACACCUCAGGGUGCUCCACCUCUCCUACAACCAGCUUCAGACCUUCACUGCCAGUAAACUGGCACGACUAGAGCAGCUGGAGGAGCUGGAUCUGAGCGGCAACAGACUGAGAGCCGUGCCUACCACCAUCCUCAGCUGCCAGCGCAUGCACACGCUCUCUGCCCACUCCAACUGCAUCAACGCCUUCCCCGAGGUUCUCCAGCUGCCUGAGAUCAAGUGUGUCGACCUGAGCUGCAACGAGCUGACCGAGGUCACUCUGCCUGAGGCUCUUCCUCCCAAGCUUCAGGAGCUGGACCUCACAGGAAACCCUCGCCUGAACCUGGACCACAAGAGCCUGGAGCUCCUCAAUAAUAUCAGAUGUUUCAGGGUGGAUCCGUCACCCUCAGCUCCGUGUGUGAGUGAGAGCCACGGGUCCCCUGCAGUCUGGAGCCACGGCUACACCGAGGCCUCUGGAGUCAAAAACAAGCUGUGUGUGGCUGCUCUGGCACUGGACAGCUUCUGUGGGAUUCGUGAGGCUCUGUACGGAGUCUUUGACGGAGACAGGAACGUAGAGGUGCCUUACCUGCUGCAGUGCACCAUGGGAGAUGUGCUAGCGGAGGAGCUCCACAGGGGCCAGAGACAGGAAGACUACAUGACCAACACUUUUCUCACCAUGCAAAGAAAGCUGGGCACAGCAGGCCAGCGGAUGGGCGGCUCUGCUGCUUUGUGUCACAUCAGACACGACCCGGUGGCUCCCGGCGAGCACGGCGGCUGCUUCACCCUGAAAGCUGCUAAUGUCGGCAGGUGCCAUGCGGUUUUGUGCCGCGAUGGCAAAGCGGUUCAACUCUCCACCACGCACACUGUGAAAGAGGAGCCGGAGUAUCAGAGGGUCCGACAGCACAACGCCAUCAUCACCGAGGACAACAAAGUCAGCGGUGUGACCGACUCCACCAGGAUCAUGGGUUUCUCCUUCCUGUGCCCGUCUGUGACACCCAGACCCCAUGUCUCCACGGUAACCCUAACGCCACAGGACGAGUUCUUUCUCCUGGGAAGCCGAGGAUUAUGGGAGAUGUUGUCUCCCAGUGAGGCGGUGGAGGCGGUCAGGAAUGUUCCAGACGCUCUGGCUGCUGCUAAGAAGCUGGUGACUCUGGCUCAGAGUUACGGCUGCUCCGACAGCCUCAGCGCUGUGGUCGUCCAGCUCAGCAUCACAGAGGACUGCUGCUGUUUCUGCGAGCCCCCUCCUCCGCCCCCCAGCCCCGGCCUGGGCGCGCACACCAGCACACAUCCAUACUCUGGGGGUAGUGAUGGAGGCAUACCGCUGCCUCCCGCCUCCUCCGGAACAGUGAGUGAGCUAAGCAGCGAGUUCAGCACGUCCGAGAUGAGCAGCGAGGUGGGAUCCACGGCGUCUUCAGAGGAGCCGCCGCCUCAGACCGAGCCCCUGACAUCUCACUUGAACCUGCCAGGGGGGCGAGCGGAUGUGCGAAGGCCAACCUGUGGAGGAGGAAACUUCCAGAGACAGUUCUCUGGGGCUCUUUCUGACAAUGGCGUUGACAGCGAGGACGAGGAGCCAAUUGCCGGCGUUUUCUCUAAUGGCAGCCGUGUAGAGGUGGAAGCUGACGUCCACUGUCUGCGCCGCCAAGACAUCCCAGCACCCCAAACGCACACUCAACCCUGCACACACACCCCACCAGCUGCUGCCAUGCAUCAUGAGCCCUCACCUCUUCCCUUCCCCUCCCAGUCCCCGUCCCCCUCCCCAGUCCCCCCUUCCUCGCCAUGCCUGGGCAGGGAGGUUCUGUCAGGGAGUCUGGGCCGCCGCGCUCGAGCUAACGGCUCCGUCGCCUGCCAAGCAAGAAAUCAGGACCUCAUAGAGGAGGCAGGCGAUGCCCCUGUCAGAAAACAGGGGGGCUACUUUAACGCUCCUGCUCAGCCGGACCCUGACGACCAGCUCAUCAUCCCGCCAGAGCUGGAGGAGGAAGUCCGGCAGAUCAUCCAGCAGCAGCAGCAGCAGCAGCAGCAGCAGCAGCAGGAACAGAUUCAAACACACAACCAGCAAGCACACGGCUACCAGAAACCUGCAGACUACUUCAUCACACCGCUCUAAAGUCUGCCCCCGCCUCCUUUACCACCACAGCUGCUCAUCCAGGGAUCAGAUUUCACUGAUUUUCAGGGUGGGACGACUGUGGAAUAAGACUGUUUAGACUGCUUCCUCCAAAUAACCUCAGAGUAUUCUGAACAUGCUUCUGGACCAGAGACUGUUUUGUUAUUUCCUUUGUUUUCUACUGUUCACUCUAUGCCCCUCGAAACGCAAUGCAAUUUUUUAUUACCCUUUAUGUUGAUCAAAUCAUCACGUUUCAGAUUUUUACCAUAUCUUUAAUUUUUGCAAAGCACUUUGAAUGCUUUUUAUUAGACGUAUGAGAUUAAUUUUAUGUUAAACGGUACUUUAAGAUAUUCUGUUUUUGUGUUGUAGCAGAAGUUUGUCGUGGCUGACAGCCUUACAGUUGUCUGAGUUAGUUAAGACUGUUACACUAACUCCUAGGAGUUUAAUACUUUAAAGUGACCUAGUCACUGAAACGUACUAAUGUUCUCUGAGAGAAAAGACGAUUAUUUCACAAGGCUGAUAUUCCAGGUUUGUGUUUUCCGGGGUUGUGCAGAGUUCAGAGUGGUGCUGCAGUGGUGAGAUGAUGCUGAACGGUCGGGGAGGUCGUACACUUGUUACCAGCUCAAUGAAUGUUCUCAGAUCAGUGUUACAGAUUCGCACAAGAGAACUACUUUUGCUAUAUAAUAAAUGAAAGUUUCCAGAUAAGCA